GACCAGAGAGGCGAAGAUCUCCCAGGCUGACUCCUAAGCCCUCCAGCCCCCUGCUUCCCUUGUCCUCCAGUGGAGAGAGGGAGAGAAGACUCAGGCAACAUGGACGGCUUUUAUGACCAGCAAGUCCCCUUCAUGAUCCCACCCAGCCAGAAAUCUCACAUGGAAGAACCAGUGAAUCGACUGUUCAACGAGAGGAAAAGGAAGUUCGUUGAGACAGAGCUUGCCCAGGACACUGAAGAACUCUUUCAAGACCUUAGUCAACUUCAGGAGAUUUGGAUUGCAGAAGCCCAGGUGCCUGAUGAUGAGCAGUUUGUUCCAGAUUUCCAGUCGGAUAACUUAAUGUUCCAUGGCCCGCCGUCCGGUAAAGUGAAGAGAGAGCCCACUCCCAAAGACCUGUCCCCCUGCAGCCAGGAGCAGAGACUCGCUCCCUACUCAGACAAGUGCCUCUACAGCUACAGUGCCUAUGAAAGGAAACCCCACGGGAUCAAGCCACUGACUCCUCCCUCCACACCUGCCUCACCGUGCAGCCCCUCCGCAACCCUGGGGACGCACUCCUUACAGAUGGCUCCGCCCGUCCACCUGCAGGGUCACCGCAGUCGCCCCGCUCACGGCCACGCUGCUUCCCUGAGCCCUUCGCACCCUCGGACGCUGCCUCACGCCGGCCGGGGCCAGCAGUUCGCCAUGCCUCGCCUCCCUGUCGGUCAUCCAGAGGCGUCCUACAGCGCAGAACACAGGUUCCAGAGGCAGCUGUCUGAGCCCUGUCUGCCUUUCCCUCCACCUGACAGUCCGGCACGCACACCCUUCCCGCCCCACCACACGCUGUCCCGCGACGGACGCCCCCUCUACCAGCGCCACAUGUCUGAGCCGCCCCAUGGCUACAAGCAGGAGCUGGUGGACCCCCGCUACCCGGAGAAGGGGGUCCCUACCAUGGGUCCGCCACGUACGCCCUUCGCCCCCCUCAGCAUCAAACAGGAGCCCAGGGAUUUCUGCUAUGACUCGGAAGUCCAGAAUUGCCAGUCUUCAUUCAGGAAGUCGAACUUCUAUCAAAACAAUGAAGGAUUUGUGUACGACGGUGAGCCCCACCUGUACUAUGACGACACGUGCGUGGUUCCAGACAGACUAGAGGGGAAGGUGAAGCAGGAGCCGGGUUCGGGGCUGGUGUUCCGUGACGGCCCCCCCUACCAGCGCCGCGGCUCCCUGCAGCUGUGGCAGUUCCUGGUCACCCUGCUGGACGACCCGGCCAACGGUCACUUCAUCGCCUGGACCGGCCGCGGCAUGGAGUUCAAACUGAUAGAACCCGAGGAGGUGGCCCGGCGCUGGGGCAUCCAGAAGAACCGCCCGGCCAUGAACUACGACAAGCUGAGCCGCUCCCUGCGCUACUACUACGAGAAGGGGAUCAUGCAGAAGGUAAAGGUGGCCGGGGAGAGGUACGUCUACAAGUUUGUGUGCGAUCCCGAGGCGCUGUUCUCCAUGGCGUUCCCCGACAACCAGCGGCCCAGCCUGAAGUCGGAGCCCGACGGCCUCCCCCUGACGGAGGACGACACUGUCCCCCUGGCUCACUACGAGGAGGGAGGCCGGCCCUAUCUGGCUGACGGGGGGGAGCAGUGUGUCUCCGGACUGGCGUUCCCAGACAGCUACCCUUAUUGAUCCUGCAGGUGUAAACAUAACACAACCACACACACACACACCCCUCCCCAGGGAGCCCAAACUGCUGCGCGGAUUUGGAUGUCUUCGGCCCCUCUCAACUCUUAACACGCCCCCUUCCCCCCCCAUUGCCACCUGCUCCUGGGAUUUCUAGCAAGUCUAGGAUUCCCUACCCAGCCAGGGUAGGGAAGGAGGUGAAACACUCAAGCGCCAUCUUGUCUCUGUCACCAGGUCGUCACUGACCUUUGAAUUGGGACUGGGUUAAUGAGGUUGUCCAGGCGGACCGAGUGAACUCUGGGUAAGCCGUGGGUGUCAUGGAGUUGAGUAAGUCCAGAGUGCGCAUGCACUGGUAGCAGUGCAGUUUCCUCUAACUUGUUCUAAUGAGUUAGUAGGAUAAGGAUCUCAAGGCACUAGUUGUCCUUUUAGAUCUGUUAAACGGCUGUAUCCCAAAUACAGACACACGCGUGCACACAAACAUGAUAUUCCACAACUUAACAAAAUGAUUGUUAUGUAAUGUUCUUUGCCCAUUCAUUGGAAUACAAAGGCAGGGAAACUGACUGUUAAAGGGGUUUAGUCCUCUUAAAUGUCUAGAUACUUUAGAGGCUCAGGUUUGUAGGAGGUUCAUUGAGCAUUAUUUCCCUGUGUGAUCAGUGUGUGGUGAGUCCAGCAACCACUCUUAAGGACUUGAACCACACUGUCAGUAUCACCCUCCCUCUUGUGUUCAAUUAUAACUCUGGGAACUGUUUCUCACCAAAAACACCUUUCAUGAUGCUCUUGUAUACGGCCUCAAAUUAUAUCAAAUUAUCUGUCUGUUUUUCCUUUUUUUUGUACAUUUCAUGUAACAUGUUAAAGGGAUACAAAACAGUAUUUUUGUCCUAAAGCUUUGACUUUCUAUACAAAGUGUAUAUUACUGUAACUUCUGUAAAAUGUUUUUUGCGUCUUAGCUAAGCUUGGAUUUUUUGGCACUAUUGUCCUGUGUAUUUUUUUACUGUGUCCUAUAACAAAAAUUACUGCUAUUGUACAGCUGUAACUCCUCCCCCCCCCCCCCCACACUGUAAUACUGCCAAUAAUAAGCUGAGAGGGAGAUACUUCUCCUCCUUGCAUGUUUUUUCCUACAAAUGGCUGUACCAAUCUAUUGCUCAAUCAGACAACAUUUCUGCUUUUUGUAUAGUUUGUUAUGGAAGUGAAUCUAUAAAAAACAAAAUAAUAAUCAGUAUAUGAAUAUAUUUUUGCAGAGUAAGAGUAUGCAUUUGUUCAACAUGUAAUAAGCUGAGAACUUGUGUCGUUCAUUUCUGGGUUUCGUGAUGGAUGGAGAGAAGCCCUCCCAUGUUGAGUCAGUGGUGGAUGGUGCUUAUACGUACUGCUAAAGUUUGAUAUUAUUGUCUUACGGAUUUGAUCCCCAUGUUGAGGGUUACUGGCACUUUUUGUGACAUCUGCCCCAAACUCGAAUGUGUGCCUUCCACUGCUUUGAUCUUUACUGGAUACAAUAAAGUAUUAUUACUU